AUGUCUCAAGAGCACCACUUCACCCUCUACACCCACACCCACGGUCCCAACGGAUGGAAGGUCGUCAUCGUGCUCGAGGAGCUCGGCCUGGACUACGACUCCAAAUACCUCGUGUUCGACAAGGGCGAGCAGAAGAGCCCCGAGUACACAAAGUACAACCCGAACGGGCGUAUCCCCACGCUGAUCGACCAUAAGAACGAUGACUUUGUCAUUUGGGAGUCGGGUGCGAUCAUCACGUACCUCGCCGAGAAGUACGACCCCGAGGGCAAAAUUUCCGCCACGAGCUUCGAGGGGAAGAUACAGCAGCUGCAAUGGCUCAUGUUCCAAGCGUCGGGCCAAGGGUUCGUGGCAUUUCCCAUCCGUUCGGAACCCUACUUCGGUCAGGUGGGAUGGUUCAUGAGGUACCACCCGGAGAAGAUCCCCAGCGCCAUCGAGCGCUACCAGAAGGAAGUUCUGCGCGUCUUGGGCGUGCUAAACGACGUCCUCUCCAAGCAGGAGUGGCUCGUGGGCGACAAGUGCACCGUUGCCGACCUGAGCCUCAUCCCGUGGAACGUGUACGCUUUGAUGGACGGCGGACUCCUGAAGGACCGUGAAGUCAAUUUCGAAGCGGACUAUCCGGCGUUCUAUAAAUGGCACCAGGCGAUGGUGAAUCGGCACACGGUCAAGAAGAUUUAUGCCAUCAGAGAGACGUUCAAAGCCUGA